AUGAAUCGCAACUCGGAGUUGAGCCACGAAAUCCAGGCGGCCAAUGAUCGACUCAAGGAGUACCCCAGCAACGUGGAUGAGUACGUGGAGUUCAACGUCCACCUGGCGAAGAUCGACGCUUCGCUGCCGAUGUUGGAGAAGCGCUUUUUGGAGGUGCAAGAGAUGGCAGAGAUCAUUCGCGAGUUUGGCAUUCGCAUUGACAGCGACACUCGGAAGGCCUUCAACGACUUGGCCUCGGCCAAGAACCAGCUGAUCGCGCAGGUGACCACUGGCAAGGAGCGAGCAGAGGUGGACGUCGCACACUUCAGCAAGGCUUUGGAGGUGGAGAUCCCGGAGCUGCGGAAGAGUGUGGGGGAGCAGCAGUCGCGCCUGGAGGCGCCAGACUUAUCGGACACCUCCAAGAUGGCCGCGGAGAGCCGCAAGGAAGUCUUGGCUCUGCUCGACGAGUUGCAGGAGAACGUCAACCAGUCGGUGGAGGAGGCGGCAAAGUUCAACCGCUACCAGGACGUCCUCAAGUUGGAGCCGACGGCUUUCGAAGAUGUCGACGAGCUGAAGGCCUCCUUCAAUCUCCGUGCCAAGCUUUGGCGGGGUAUUGAUGCUUGGGAAGAGCUCAGCUCGGAGUGGAACAACUGCACCUUUGGCACGGUGGACGUGGAUACCAUCACCAAGAAGGUUGCGGAGUACAACAAGGUGGCGGUGCAGUCCGUGAAGGCGAUGCCGGACAACCAGGUGCCGCAGAUCUGGGGCGAGCAGGUCACACAGUUCAAGAACACCUUGCCCGUGGUGGUGGCCUUGCGCAACAAGGCGCUGAAGCCCAGACACUGGGAGGUCCUCACCUCCAUGAUCGGCCAAGAGCUGGAUUUGGAGGAUGAGGAGUUCACCCUGGGCGGCUUGUUGGGCAUGGGUGUGGACCAGCACAUGGAAGCGAUCAUGGACGUCUCCGGCAAGGCGACCGCAGAGCAGGGCUUGGAAGAGAUGCUGGACAAGGUCAAGAAGACCUGGGAAGACUUGGAGCUGGUGAUCAACCCGUACAAGGACAGCAAGGACGUCUACGUCCUCGGCUCCAUCGAGGACAUCACCGUCGCCCUCGAAGACUCCUUGGUCACCAUCUCCACCAUCGCCGGCAGCCGCUACGUGGGCCCCAUUCGCGCUGAGGUGGAGCAGUGGCAGAAGGAUCUUCUGCUCUUCCAGGAGACGCUGGACGAGUGGCUCAACGUGCAGCGGAACUGGAUGUACUUGGAGUCCAUCUUCAACGCCGGGGAUAUCAAGAAGCAGCUGCCCGGGGAGAGCGCCAAGUUUCAAGAGAUCGAUGCGCAGUGGCGAGUCAUCAUGAAGGAGACCUACGAGUACGCGGUGGCGCUGAAGGCGGCCACCAAGCCCGGGCGCCUGGAGCUCUUCAAGAAAGCAAGUGAGACGUUGGACCAGAUCCAGAAGCAAUUGGAGGACUACUUGCUCUCGAAGUGUGUGGCCUUCCCACGCUUCUUCUUCCUCUCGAACGACGAGCUGCUGGAGAUCCUGUCGCAAGCCAAGCGGCCGCAGGCGGUCCAGCCGCAUUUGCGGAAGUGCUUCGACAACUUGGUGAAGCUCAAGUUCGGGGACGGCUCCAACUCCACGGAUAUCCACGCCAUGAUCUCCGGGGAAGGAGAGGAGAUCCCCUUCUUCAAGAUGCUGAAGGCGCGCAACGGAGUGGAGAAGUGGCUGAGCGCAGAGGGUGGGGUGGAGGAAUACAUGGUGAAGACGAUGCGGGCGGAGGUCAAGAAAGGCUGGGAAACCUAUGCCUUGGAAUCCGACCGCAAGGAGUGGGUCCGCAAGCAGUACUGCCAGGUGAUGAUCACGGUGGGGUCCAUCUACUGGACCCUGGAGACGGAGGAGGUCCUUACUGCCACGGAAGGGAACAAGGUGCAGCUCAUGGGGAAGUGGUUCCAAAAGAACAAGACGCAGCUGGAGGGCCUCACGGAAUUGAUCCGGGACAAGUUGAACAAGCUCCAGCGGAGUGGUGUCGUGGCAUUGGUCACUCAGGACGUGCACAACCGCGAUAUCAUUCAGGAGCUCUUUGACAACAAGAUCACCAGCAUGCAGAACUUCAAGUGGCAGCAGCAGCUCAGGUACUACUGGGAUCCCAAGCUGGAUGGCGACCACGGCGAUUGCUGUAUCCGGCAGGUAGAUGCCUUCAUCAUGUAUGGCCACGAGUACAUGGGAGCCUUGUCCCGACUGGUCAUCACGCCUCUGACUGACCGAUGCUGGAUGACCAUCACGGGGGCCUUGCACAUCAAGCUGGGCGCCGCGCCGGCGGGGCCGGCAGGCACUGGUAAGACGGAGUCCACCAAGGACUUGGCCAAGGGCCUGGCCAGGCAGUGCGUGGUCUUCAACUGCUCCGACCAGAUCAACUACCAGAUGAUGGGCAAGCUUUACAGUGGAGUGGUCAGUGCCGGCGCCUGGACGUGCCUCGACGAGUUCAACCGCAUCUCCAUCGAGGUGCUGAGUGUGGUGGCGCAGCAGGUCUUGGAGAUCCGGCAAGCGCUGCUGCAGGACCUCUCAGACUUCGUCUUCGAGUCCAGGCAGCUCAAGGUGAAGAACACCUGCGGCAUCUUCAUCACCAUGAAUCCCGGCUAUGCUGGGCGUACCGAGCUCCCGGAUAACUUGAAGGUGUUGUUCCGGCCUGUGGCAAUGAUGGUGCCGGACUAUACGCUUAUUGCCGAGAUCAUGCUCUACGCUGAAGGCCCUCUUCGCCCGCUGUCCGCCGUUGUCUUUGUCGCGCGAAUUCGCGCGCAGUCCGCGCCCGCCAUGGCGUGCGUUUUGCUGGCCAGCGGCCUCGAGGUGAUGAGCGAACAGGACUUUGCCUCCUGGUGGGAGGCGACGCAGGAGAGGCGGAACGCGGGCGAAGGCUUCCUGGACGAGCUGCGGAAGGAGGUGGCGAGACGUCUGGGGAUUGUCAACUUCCGGCAGCUGGCGCUGAUGGCCUCGGGCAGCAGCGGGCCGAUGCGCCUUGAGCCAACUAGCCCCUGGACCGCCGCGCCGGUCACGGCCAUCGUGCGGCAAUACGUGGGAGGAGAAGGCGAGACGCUGCUCAGGGCAGCAGUUGGUGGCGACGCGGAAGCGGUUCUGAGAUUGCUGGAGAGUCCACAAGACCCAGACAGCGCGCGGCGCUGCAGCGGCCGCGGUGCCGUGCACUCGGCCGCGGCCAGCGGGCACCCAGAGGUGGUCCAGCUGUUGCUGCAGGCAGGGGCCGAGAAGCACAAGGCCGAUGCCGAUGGGCUCACGGCGAUGCAUUUGGCCGCCUUGAUGGGUCAGCGGAGCGUCAUCGAGGUGUUGUGCCACGCAGGCUGUGACAUGGACCAGGUGAACAGGUACGGGCGCACGGCCCUGCAUUUUGCUGCCCUGCAAUCGCGGGAGGAGGUGUUGAGCUGCUUGCUCGAGGCAAAAGCGGACAAGGACAAGUGUGAUGACGAGGGGCGUUCGCCCAUGCACGUGGCGGCUUUGGCCGGUGCAGAAGGAGUGGUACGACUGCUGCUGGAGGCCAAAGGUGAUCCGGACAAGACCGGCAAAGACGGGCGCACGGCGCUACAUGCGACGGCCCUCGCCGGCCUGCUGGAGAUCGUGAAAUGCUUGCUGGAGGGCAAGGCGGACAAAGACAGGAGUGAUGUUCAGGGACGCAGCCCUUUGCACUUGGCGACUGUUACUGGCCGCGAAGAUGUCGUGAGAUGCCUGCUGGCUGCUGAUGUUGACAAGGACAAGGCCGACAAGGAGGGGCGCGCGCCUCUGCAUCUGGCGGCUUUGGCCGGCCAUGUGAGCGUCCUGAGGCCUUUGCUGCAGGCUGGAGCUGACCAGGACAAGAUGGAUCAUUACGGCCGCACGCCACUGCACGCUGCUGCCCUGAGGGGCAACGAGAAGGUCAUGCGCCACUUAAUGGACGCAGGCGCCGACAUGGACAAGGCCUGCAAUGACAGGCGGACGCCUUUGUGCAUGGCUGUCCUGCAAGGCCACGAAGACCUGGUGCGGUUUCUGCUCGAAAACGGCGCCUGCCUGGACAUGGCCGACACACAAGGGCAGGCUGCUUUGCAUUUCGCUGCCUGCAGAGGCCGCGUGGGAGCUGUUAGAGCAUUGCUGGAUGCGAAAGCUGACAAGAACAAGGGCGACAACAUGGGGCGAACACCUUUACACUUAUCCGCCUACAAAGGUAAUGAGGGAGUAGUACAGUGCUUGCUGCAAGAAGGAGCUGAUAGGGACAAGGCCAACGACCAGGGACGCACACCAUUGCACUUCGCAGCCUUGAAUGGCCAUGCGGAUGUUGUCCGUUGCUUGCUGGCAGCGGGCGCGGGUAAGGACUCAGCAGACAAUGCUGGGAACACAGCUUUGCAUGCAGCUGCCUUGAAGGACCACGAGCAGGUUGUGCAGUGCCUGCUGGUGGCUGGCAAGGACCUCGCCAACAAGGACGGGCGCACGGCCAUGCACGCAGCUGCCGCCAAUGACUCCCAACGAGUCCUCAGCGUUCUGCUGGCGGCGCGGGCCGGCCUGGAAGGCGACAAGGACGGGCUGACGCCUCUGCACUUUGCCUCCUUGAAUGGCCAUGAGCAGGUCGUGCGUGCCCUGCUGAGGGCUGGCUGUGACAAGGAGAAGGCCACCCGCGACGGGAGCACGGCUUCGAGCCUGGCUGCUGCCAAAGGCCAUCAGAACGUGGUGCUGUGCUUGGAAGGCACUCAGGUGGAUCCGGAGCUGUGCUUCGGGCAGGCAAAGGUUUUGAGCGGCAAGUUCACCAACCUCUACAAGCUCUCCUCGGAGCAGCUCUCGAAACAAGACCACUACGACUUCGGCAUGCGUGCUGUGAAGUCUGUGCUAGUCAUGGCGGGCAGUCUGAAGCGCGCCGAUCCCAACGAGGACGAGAACAUUCUGCUGAUCCGGGCCAUGCGCGACUCCAACGUGCCAAAGUUCCUGUCGGAUGACCUGCCCCUCUUCUUCGCCAUCGUCAACGACCUCUUCCCAGGCAUCGAGGUGCCGUACUACGACUACGGCUCUCUGCAGGUUGAGAUCGAGCGAGGCCUUCAGAAGCAGAGCUUGCAGGUGCACGACAAGUUGGUCACCAAGACCAUCCAACUCUUCGAGACCUUCAUGGUCCGCUUCGGCGUCAUGUUGGUGGGCCCCACCCUCGGUGGCAAGAGCGUGGACUACAAGACCUUGGCGAUUGCCCUCACGCAGCUCCGGGAGGACAACAGCCCGGACGAGCGGUUCCAGAAGACCAAGUACGUCUGCUUCAAUCCCAAGGGCAUCACCAUGGGCGAGCUCUACGGUGAAAACAACGAGCUGACCCAGGAGUGGACUGAUGGCCUGGGCAGCCGCAUCAUGCGCGGCUACCAAACCGAGGAGAGCUUGGACUACAAGUGGACGGUCUUCGAUGGGCCAGUGGACGCCAUUUGGAUUGAGAAUAUGAACACGGUGCUGGAUGACAACAUGACGCUAUGCCUUGCCAACGGCGAGCGUAUCAAGCUCAACUGGACGAUGCGCAUGCUCUUCGAAGUGGAGGAUCUGCGUGUUGCCUCCCCCGCGACCGUGUCUCGCUGCGGCAUGGUGUACCUCACGCCCUCGGAUCUGGGCUGGGAGCCCUAUGUGCGGACCUGGCUCAGCUCCUUGCCGGACCAGCCCUUCUCAGAGAAGGCCAAGGACAUGGUUUGGAGCUACUUCGACACCCACGUGCAGCGAGGCUUGGACUUCCUGCGGAAGAAUGGCUCGGAGCCGGUGACCACGCAGGACACGCAGCUGGUGAUCACGCUGUGCAAGCUCUUCCAGUCAGUGAUCAACGAGGAGGCGGCAACCGCCAACAGCUGCGCCUCCAAGGAUGCCCAGGUGGCGGAGGGCGAGACGGCCUUGACGCCAAAGAAGAUCUCUGUCUUGGAGGCCGCAGAGUUCGAGAAAUUCCUGCAGCCCCUCUUUUGCUUCGCCUUUACCUGGACCAUCGGCGGCAGCUGUGACGCCAAGACGCGGGGCAUGUUUGCUCGGGAGAUCGAGAACUGGUUCCCCAACGUGUCGAUGCCACGUGGAGGAGGCCCUUACGACGGCUUUAUCAACUUCUACGAGGGUCCCAAGUGGAAGUCGUGGACAGAUAUCGUGCCCAAGUUCGUCUUCCAGGAGGGCGUGUCCUAUUUUCAGUUGCUGGUCCCGAAUCCGGACACCGUGCGCUUCUCCUACGUCAUGGACCGCAUGAUGACCACCCAGAACUCGGUCUUCCUCACCGGCAACUCGGGCGUGGGGAAGAGCGUGAACGUGGCCGCGCUGCUCGAGAAGAUGAAGGAGAUCGCUUCCGUGGUGCCGGUCUUCAUGACCUUCAGCGCCCAGACCAAGGCUUACGAGACACAGAUCAAUAUCGAGAGCAAGUUGGAGCGGAAGCGCAAGACGCUGCUGGGUGCGCCAGUGAACAAGACGGUGGUGAUCCUCAUCGAUGAUGUGAACAUGCCGUUGGUAGAGGAGUACGGCGCCCAACCUCCCAUCGAGCUGCUGAGGCAGUUCCAGGAUCAGCGGGGCUUCUUUGACCGGAAGAAGCACGAGUGGAAGGACAUCGAGAACACUACCUUGCUGCUGUGCGCGGCACCUCCAGGCGGCGGCCGCAAUGCAAUGACGGCGCGGUUCACCAGUGGCCGCGCCAUGGCGCUGAAGCAGUUGGGAGCCAACGCUUGGACGGAGUUCCAAAGCCUCAACGCGGGGGCCGUCAAGGAGGCCAAGGCGGUCACGGAUGAGGCAGAUCUCUUCGCACCCAAGAUCUCCUUGCCCACCGUGCAGUGGCAUUGGUUCGGAGAGAACCUGCGCGCGCACCACUCCAAGGAGGAGCUGACUGAGCGGAAGGAGAUCUACGGCGCUUGGAUGGCAGCUUGGCUCUUGCUGCUGGUGGCCUUGGCGCUGCUGGCGGCCUGCAAGAAGCGCCACGGCUCCGUGCAGCGCGGCUGCCAGGUCUUCAAAGAGACGCUGAAGAGGUUGAAGGAGACGUUCUCGGCUGCCAACCCUUGUGCCUACGAAGCCCUUGACGAGGAUGACUGCGAGGCGGCGGUUGACGAGCCGUUCUUAGCUGCCAUGCGCCGUCUGCCCUCCAACCCCGGUGGUGUCCGAGGCAAUGCUGAGUUGCAAAAGCUCUUGGCUCGCCAGCGCCUGAAAGAGGAUGAGGAGGAGCAGAAGGAUGCUCAUGAGACCACUGGCAUAUUCGGGAAUUUUCCGAACCUCUUGAAGAAGUCCCACAACAAGAAGGAUUUGAAGCAGAUGAAGCAGGAGAUCCUCGAACAGAACAAGGCUGCCAUGCACUUGUCGCUGGAGGAGAUGAAUGAGCUUCUUCUGGCGCAGAAGGGCAACGCCCCCAAGGAAGAGGCUGAGGGUAAGUUCCAGCGCUGGAAGCAGCCCAUCUCCGUGCUCUUCUACUUUGGCUACGUGGGGAUCUGUCUGCUGGUGCCUUUGUCCACCUCGGAACUGGCCAGCUGCAAUCAAGGCCUUCCGUGGGAGGUGCACAUGCCGUUCUUCUACUACUUCCUGGCUCUGAAGGCCUGGGAAGUGACUUUGUACGUCUAUGACGACAUGGUCACAGGAGAUCUCACGCCCCAGGCUUUCGCACAGACCUUCAUCACCUCCUUCAUGGGCAUGGCCGAUGGCUACACGGAUGCCACGGCCAUUAUCAUCGCCCGCUCCUGCGGGUCGCCUCUCUGGCGGUGGAUGGCGUUGACCUACUUCAUCGGCGUGGUGCUGUGCCAGUGGCUGGGCAUGGGCCUGGCCAGCCUCUUCCACGACCACUCCGGGGCCUGCUUUUACAAGAUGAUGCACAUGGACACGGUGGCCUCCUGCAUCUCCAUGCGUCCAGAGGACUCCAAGGCCUUGCUGGUCUGGCGUCUGGUGAAUUGGGUCCGCUGCAUCGGGGAGGACCUGCUGCAGUGCUUCUUCCAGACACUUUUUGUCCUCACUGUCAAGAAGAAUGCAGUGAUGCUGCUGUCCAUCGCGGUGGGCGCUUGCACCUCGGUGCUGGCGGUCUACAACGCCGCGAAGCGCGCCGCCGGGGCGGUGGGCACCAGCUGGCAGCUGCUGAAGGUGCGGCGGGACAUGGCCAAGGCCGCGGCGGAGGGCCGCGCCGCGGACUUCGAGGCGGCGCUGAAGGAGGCGGAGGACUACGGCAUCGAGUUCAAGGAGAUUGCGGAGCAUGUGGCCAAAGGGGAGCGGCAGCUGCAGUACCUGAGCUCGGGGCCUUACGUCAUCGGCGAGCCGACGAAGCCCGAGAUCGCCGGGAAGUUGGGCAGCGAGGAUCUGAUGGACAGCGUCGCUUAUCGGCGCCGCACGGUGGAGUUUGCCCACGAGGCCGCGGCGGCGCGGAAGAACAUGCUGGAGGAGAUGGAGGCGCCUGCCACCUGUGCGGCGCGGAAGAGGGGCAGCCACCAUGAGGGCCGGCACCUGGCGAAGGUCUACAACGCCGAGCGCCGCAGCGUAGACUUCGCGGUGGCGGCGCAGCAGGCCCGGGAGCUGCGGCUGCGGAGGCUCGUGAAGGAGGGCGACUGCAUUUGCGUGGGCUCCCAUCCCCGGGAGUUCCUCAAGGGCAGGGAGCCGGAUGCCAAAUGGAGUGUGUGGAGAGCUGGGUUUCACGUGUACAAGAAGCUUGCCCACAAGUUUCACAGUCAGGUGCUUUGCAUGCCGCCCACCAGUGAGGAGGCCAUGUCCACCAUCUUUGGCUCUAUCAUCUCCGGGUUCCUCCACCGCUUCAAGAGUGAAGUUCAGGGCCUGGCCAAUGCCUCGGUGCAGGCCACCAUCGACAUCUACAACAAGUGCGGAGAUGAGCUUCUGCCCACCCCUACGCGGCCGCACUACACCUUCAACCUCCGGGACGUCUCCAAGGUGUUCCAGGGUUUGCUCAUGGUGAAGCCGAUGCACGUUCCAAACGCGGAAGCAUACACGAGGCUUUGGUACCAUGAGCUCUCUCGGGUUUUCUGCGACCGCCUGAUCAACAAGAACGACAAGGAGUGGUUCUACAAGGCAGCGGCGGAGCAGUUGAAGUCCAGGUUCCGAGUCAUGGACACAGACUUCGAGAUUUGGACCUCGCUGAUGUGGUGCAACUUCCUCCGCCCAGUGGAGAAUCGCGUCUACGAAGAGGCCAAGGACAAAACCAAGGUGAACAAGGUGUUGGAGGAUGCCAACGAUGAUUACAACCUUUCCCACACCGCACAGAUGAACUUGGUCUUCUUCCAGGACUGCGUCGAGCACAUCAACCGCAUCGCGCGGGUGCUGGCGCAGCCGCGGGGCAACCUGCUGCUGGUGGGCGUGGGGGGCUCCGGCCGCUCCAGCUGCGCCAAGAUCUGCGCCUGCAUGUCAGAGACCAACGAGUUCAACAUUGCCCUCACCAAGGGCUACGGCAUUGAUGCCUUUAGGGAGGACGAGAAGAAGUUCCUCAUCUCUGCCGGUGCCGGUGCUGCGAAGGCCACGAUGUUCCUCCUGAGUGACACCCAGAUCAUCAACGAGACCUUCCUGGAAGAUAUCAACAACAUCUUGAAUGCUGGGGAGGUUCCGAAUCUCUUUCCCAACGACGAGGUGGACCGAGUCAUCUCAGACACCAGGCGCAUUGAAGUGGGCAGACGAGUUUACCUGCUCCAGGAGAACCCACAAUCAAAUGGUUUUUGUGGCUUCCUCAGUUAA